AUGACAUGGCUCACUCAGGAGUCACCCCUCAUAGACUGGAACCUAGGCACGGUCACCUUCCCAGAACAAAUCCAGAUUGCCUCGGAGGAAGAAGCGGAUCCUGACCCGUUAGCAGACCUACCCACGGAAUAUCACAAGGAAUAUGACAUUGCCAUCAACCUACUCCCUGACGCCAAACUCUCACCCGGUCCUAUUUACGGCAUGACCGAUGCAGAAUCCAAAGCGCUAAAACAACACAUUGAUGAGGAACUGGCAACGGGCAAGAUCCGCCCUAGUACCUCCUCAGCAGGCGCCCCGGUCAUGUUUCUGGUUGUGGACUACCAAAAGCUCAAUGACGUAACCCACAAAAACGUUUACCCCCUACCAAGGCAGGAUGACCUCAUGGCCAAACUCAGGCAUGCAAAAAUAUUUACAAAGCUUGACUUGCGAUGGGGAUAUAAUAACGUUAGGAUCAAGGAAGGCAAUGAAUGGAAGACAGCCUGCCUUUCAGCAUUUAUGAACGAUCUGUUUAGGGAUCUCAUUGACGUCACUGUAGUCAUUUACCUGGACAACAUACUGAUCUUCUCAGAAGACCCCAAGGAUCAUCCAGGCCACGUCAGGGAAGUUCUAUCACGGCUAAUGAAGAACCAGUUGUUCUGCAAGCUGUCAAAAUGCCACUUCCACGUCACCACAGUGGAUUAUCUGGGCAUUGUCAUAUCCCCAGCUGGCUUUUCCAUGGAUCAAAAGAAGAUUGAAGCGGUCACCUCCUGGCCCCAGCCCAAGACAGUCAAACAGGUCCAGGCUUUCUUAGGCUUUGUCAAUUACCUCUGCCGGUUUAUCCCCAAUUUUAGUUUGGUUGCGCGCCCCCUACAUAAUCUCACAAAAAAGGAAACCCCUUGGUCAUGGGGUAACCUGGAGGAAGCUGCUUUUCAGGAACUAAAGUCCCUUGUCACCCGGUCACCCGUCCUAAUCCAUUCCAACCCCAGCCUCCCUACUACCUAG